UUUAUAUUUUUUUCAAUUAUUUUACUGAAACUUACAUACAUAUUAAUGAAUAAAAAUAAAUAAAAUUCAUAGUAGAAUAUAAAGUCAAGCUAAAAUUAAAAGCGAACCUAACCUGUACAAUCGAAUUCAAAGAAUGCUGUACAAGGUCGUUCAGCUUCCCCAAAUACCAUUAUUGGUGCAAGAAAUUCAUUGUCAAGAAAUUAAAACAAUAGUAGUAUUGGAAAUAAUAGAGAUUAAAUUGCAAGUGAAGGUUCGAGUUCUUUAAAUCAAAAAGGACUCCGUCCUACUUAAGCUCAAUAAAAGACAAGUUAAUAAGUUUAGCAAUAGAAUUAGUAAUCAUAAAGUUAACAAUAGUCAAUGAAGAAUGAAUCUACUGGUUAAAUGCAGCACUUUUAGGGUGUUGCAUAAGGUUUAUAUUCAGAAGAAUAUCCUUUUGAUUAAAUAAAUAAUUUGAUACACGAGUAUCUGCUAAAGAACAACUUAAUUAAAACACUUGAUACAUUUUAAGAUGAGUUAACUUAACCACUAUAGCCUUACGAUUAGAGUAAAGGAUAUGAAUUUCAGCUUAUGGAACAUUUUAAGAAAGGAGAGAGAGAGUUGUUUUUUAAAAAAUGGAAUAGAUUUUUGCCACUUAGUAUUUUAAUAGGUGAUGAAAAGGUUACAAAGUUAGAAUUUUACUUGCAGAUUUACUUCUUUAUCUUUCCAAUCCAUCCUUUUUUUAAUAAGAGAGCAGGAUAGAUCAAUGCAGAAAGCAUAAAUAGCUUCAAAGAGUACUUAGAUAACAGAGGAGCUGCUCUUGCAAAAACGAAUGAAUUUUUAUAAUAUUAUGCCUUACCAUACAUUCCAAGGCCUCAAGAGCAUCAGGCUUUAUAGCACCUUUUUACAGAAAACUGGAUAUAGAGUUUAAGACUUUAGUUAAAUCAAUUCUUAGCCUCUCUCUAUGAUAAUUAACCACUGCCACUCUUAUUUUACAUAUAUUAAAGCUAUUGGUCAAAUAUUAGUAACGCUACCAAUAAUGAAGGUAAUAAGAAUUUUGGAAGUGCAAAUACUUUUGCAUAAUUGUAGCAGCAAAAUUAGAUAAAUGCAAAUGGCUAAUUUCAGAAUAUUGCCAUGCAAAAAGCAUAAGAGUAGAUUGUUAUAAAUAAUAAUAACAGCAGUAGCGAUUACAUUGAUUAAUCAGCAUAUUUGAGAGGACAAGGAGCAGGAAAUGAAGCUAAUUUGAGUGCUCUCUAAAACGAAAAUAGGGAACUUGUCAAUGUAGUCAAGCAGUUUAAUGAAAAGUAUUUAAUGUUACAAAACUAAAAUAGGAUAGUAUCAGAAUAAAACAAAUAAAUUAUUAUUGAGAGUCAUCAAAAGUGGAUUGCCACAGCAAAUGAAUUAGUUUUAAUAUCUAAAAACUUGAAAGCCAUGAUUGAUGGAAAUACAAUGAAAGGUAUUCCGUUUAAUUAAGAAGUGCUAAAUGCAUUGUAAACUAGGAUAGAUAAAUUUGAAAGCUUUUUGAACACAAAUAUUGAAGACCUUAUUUCAUAAAGCUAGGACAUAUCGCUGUUUGAUAAAUAAAGUUUUUUAAAUGAUCCUGACAAUGGCACAAAUUCAGACUUUUUAGUUAGCCCAGGUCCUUUAAAUUUAAUAGGAGGCUAAAAUUUCUAAUUUUAGGCGAUUGUUCACGAUCCUCUAAAAUAUGAGAACCCUUAUUGUGCUUUAGACUUUUAGAAGAUUAAAAAUUUAAUAAUAAGACAAGAGGAUCCAAUAUUAUGCUGUGCUGUCCUCUAAGCUCUAAGAUGGAGAGUCUCAAAAGCAAGAGGAGCUUAUGUAAGAAGAGAAAUAGUUGUUACUUAUGCAACUUUUAAUCUGAUAGGAUGUGAUAAUCCUGAAGAUUAAAUAUUAUAAAAAGCCUUAUUUUAAAAAGAUUAAAGAAUUCAAGAAUUUGCUUUGAGAUUGGUAAAUGCAAUGGCGUCUGAUUUUUAUGGUAGAACAUAUCUGAUAAAAUCAGAUAAUUUGGCAAUAAUUCUUAUAGAUAUUUUAAGAAGCGAGAAAGAAGACAGUUUUACCAGAAGGAAUGCUCUAGGUGCUCUAUAAAAGCUUUCUCUCAGAAGAAAGCCUUAAAUUGUUAUGAUUAACAAUAAUUUAAUUUAAUGGAUUGUUAAAACUUUAAGAGAUGAAAAAGACACUCUUUCUGAAUAUUCUUAUGAAUAUGCCACUGCAUUAUUUAUGAAUCUCUCAUUAAGAAGUAGCGGUAAAUUGAAAUGUGAAGAUCCUAAAGAGGGUGUUUUAAAUGUAUUAAAUGAUUUACUUGAGCAUGAAAAUAUGCAGGUUAGAACAUUUGUUAAUGGUACUCUAUAUUCUCUUCUCGGUAGACAAUCUUUAAGAGAACAAGCACGUGCAAUGGGUAUGAAUGAAAUACUUACAUUGCUUAUGGAAAGUAGUGAUGAAAGAUUUACCAAGUAAAUCUAAUAUAUCAUGGAUUAGUUAAACAAAGAAAAACCUGAUGAUGAUGCACUAAGUGAUUCAAAUGAAGAAGAUAACGAUGUUGAUGACAUAGAUGAUGAAGAAGAAAUCGGAGAAGAUGAGUAAGCAGAUGAUUUCAUAGAAAAUUCUAAUAAUGUACCUUUGGGAGAGGAUCUGCUUGUCAAUAACUAUAAGUUGGAAGGAGCUGAAGCUAUAAAAUAAUAAAACAUCACAAAGAGAAUUAUUUAAGAAUCCCAUAAUCAAAGGAUGCUUUCUUCUGCAAAUAUUAAUGUUCAUUAAAGUUAUGCAGGCUAUUAAAGAGGGAUAACAGAUAUCCCUUUCAAUAGACCAGCUACGCCAUCUAUGUCCACAAGCUAUAUUAGUCACACACAGAAAACAAGCUAAAAUUAUAGAUCUCAGCCAAGCUAGCAGCAACAAAGAAACACAACAGCAAAUAAAAAUAUAAAAGCCGCUAUAUCGCAAAGCGUUUCUAAAGAUGCAAGUUAAAAAAGCAUAAUAGAAUAGUAAUAAGGGUUUAUAAACCAUUAAAAUAAUAACUAAGAGAUUAUUCAAUAAAAUGAGCAACCAUAAGAAGAGGAGAGAAAUAUUCCGUCUGAAAUGAGAUCCAGACCAAAAAUUUUAAGAACCCCAGCAGGAGGAGAAAGAUAGAGAAUAGAAUAGUUAUAAAAAUAAUACGAAUAAUAGCAGCACUAAACUUUUGUAGAAUAAGCACAUACAUACAAAGAUGUUAAAAAGGAUAAUAAAUAAAAACCUCCAACAGGUAAAUAAUCCCCAGAAAAAUCUUAGUCUCCUCCAACUAAGGAAUAACAGAAGUAGCAAUAGCAGUAAGAUUAGUAAAUAGAGUAGGAGUAAAGCGAACCAUAAAUUGAGUAGCAAUAGUAGUAAUAAGGAGAAGUGGUAUAAGAUGAAUUUAAGUAGGCGUUUGAAUCGAAGCCCAGAAUACCUAGAACGCCUCCAGGUCUAUUAAAAUGA